AUGAUAUUUCAGGCCUCAAGGUUCAGCGCCUCGGGACGUAAAGUACCCCUCGAGCCUCGCCGAAGCGAAGCAUGCCGCCCACACAAACCCCACAAAGGUCACAGUGGAGUGGUCCAGCAACACAAGGUGUCCUUCCCACUCACAAUCCACACACACACAAUGACAGUCUCACAUGCUCAUGUCAGAGAGGCACUGCGGUAUUCACUAAAAUGUACACUAAGUCACACACCUACAGAGAGGAAAAGAAAAACACAAGAAAAGAACGACAACAACAGGAUACCAACAACACACAAAGCACUCACAAUACAAUAA